GUGAUCACCAGCAGCUGCAGCCAACUGCCACCGUAUACGAACUGGCCACUAAAUACAAUUUGGAAAUUUCGUUGUUUGAAAGGAUGAUCAAGAAUGGUCUACCGUAUGAGACCUUGGAGUAUCAACACCGGAUGAGGCCUGAGAUAUCCUCCUUGCUCGUCCCAUCCAUUUAUCCGCACCUGAAAGACCAUCCGUCAGUGGCUGAGUAUCCACGUAUCAAGGGAGUCACUGCAAACCUCUUCUUCAUUAACCACACUCACCAUGAGGACAAAGGCAUAUCUGAUGACAACAACAGUCGUCAAAAUACGUUUGAAGCUGAGCUAAUCAUGGCUCUUUGUCGCCACCUGAUGCUGCAAGGUUACAAGUCAGACAAUAUAACUGUCCUCACACCAUACUCUGGGCAGUUCUUUCUCCUCAGAAAGUUGCAACGCAAACAUCAUGUAUGUAAAGGAGUUCAGAUCUGUAUUGUGGAUAAUUUUCAAGGAGAAGAAAAUGACAUCAUACUACUGUCUCUUGUGCGCAGUAAUGAGAAAGGUCAAGUGGGAUUUUUACGGAAGGAAAACCGAGUCUGUGUGGCUCUUUCACGAGCCAAGCAUGGCCUCUACAUCGCAGGUAACAUGGAUCAGCUGACUGCUGCUACAAAGGGGGAAAAUCUUUGGACAAAGAUCAAAGAAGAUCUUAUAAGAAACAAAGCAAUAGGCAGUACCCUAACACUGCGUUGUGAAAAGCACCCAGAACAACUAACUUCAGUGUCAAGUAGUGCGGACCUCCUAGAAAAGUGUCCCGAGGGAGGGUGCUUGAAAGCGUGCUCCACCUUGCUGCCAUCAUGUAAUCAUAGAUGCCCUAAAACUUGUCACAUGACAGAUCAAGACCAUAAGAAUGUAAAAUGCCCACAGCCAUGCCCUAAAAUGUGCAAAAGGAACCAUUCUUGUCAACAAAGAUGCUGGGAAGCAUGUGAACCAUGCACUGCUUUAAUUGCCAAAACGCUUCCGUGUGGGCAUACCCAUAAAGUGAAAUGCCAUGAUUACGGAAAGGAUCUCUUCUGUCCGACUGAAGUUAAAAGGCAGUUGCCGUACUGUAAUCAUGAAGUACAAAUGCAAUGUUACCGUGAUCCGGCAACAUUUCCCUGCCCCAUUCCAUGUGAUAUACGACUUGAGUGUGGACAUCAGUGUACACAGAAAUGCCACAUCACCAUUGAUCCUGACCAUUUGAAGUUCAAGUGCAAACAGCCAUGCACACGCGUACCAGAAGGUUGCAGUAAAGCUCAUCGAUGCCAGAAACCGUGUUGGGAGAAGUGUGGACUAUGUAAGGAAUAUGUUAAGAAAAUCAAACAGUGUGGCCACAGACACACAACUUACUGCCAUAUAAAGACAGAGGAUAUCAUAUGUAAGGAAGACUGCAGAAAAAUGUUACCAUGCCAACACCCAUGCCCGAAGAAAUGCAGCGAAGAAUGUGGAGGCUGUCAGAUAAAAGUAAAGAAGAUUGUGCCAGACUGUCGUCAUGAAAUUCAGGUUGAGUGUAGCCAGCCUCCUUUGAAGUCAAGGUGUGAAAAACGCUGCAUCUUGACCCUUCCAUGUUCCCACCCAUGCCGUGCCCUGUGUUGUGAAGAGUGUACCAAGAAAUGUCAAGAACUGGUCAGAACCACUAAUGUCUGUCCAAAGGGUCAUGCUAUAUACCUCCCAUGCCAUCUCAAAAACCAAAGUGGAAAAGAAACCUGGAAAUUCUGCAGCGAGCCGUGCGGUGAAAUGCUUGACUGUGAACAUCCGUGCGGAGGGCAGUGUGGCUCUUGUCUCCAUGGAAGACUCCACAUAGCGUGUGCAAAAAAAUGCGAGAGAUCCCUUCCUUGUGGACAUGUGUAAGUUAGAUGUCCCCCUUGUACCGAUUCUUGCCCUCUGAAGUGUAAGCACAGCCGUUGCACGAAGAAAUGUGGAGAACCCUGCAGAAAUUGCCAGGAAAAAUGUCUGAGAAGUUGCACACACCAAACUUGCGAAAAACUCUGCAGUCAGACGUGCUCAGUCCCGCCCUGUAAGAAACCUUGCCCGAAAAAGCUUCGGUGUGGGCAUCCAUGCGUUGGGUACUGCGGUGAUCCCUGCCCGCAUUUGUGCCGCACUUGUGACAAGGACACACUUACGGAAAUACUCUUUGGCUCCGAGGACGAAGAAGAUGCAAGAUUCGUCCUACUGGAAGACUGUCGCCACGUGAUAGAAGCCGACGGUCUUGAGAACUGGCUCUCCAAUGAUGAUGGUGAAAUUUCCAUGAAAAAAUGCCCACGAUGCCAGAGUCCCAUCUACAACAACAGACGUUUCCAUGGCUUAAUCUUGAACUCUUAUCGAAAUAUCCGAGAAUUGAAAUUCAAAUAUUAUACAGAGAAACCUGUAAUCCAGCAACAGGAUAUUGAACAAAUUCUUAGUGAUACAACUAUGUAUAGCGGCUUCCAUGAAGAGGUCAGACAAAUAAAAAAGACCAUCCGCCAAGAUCCACUGAACGCGGCUUCUAAGAAAAUCAAAUACCUAAGCGACGCCGAGUUGGGUUUAUUCAAGUUCCAAGCUAGCGUCCUGCGAAGGCUUUCCGAAUUGCUCAAGCAGCACCCUGAUAUACGUCAUUCUCUGAAAUUAGAAGCCGAUUUCGUACUGAUGCGAGUCAUGAGCCAAAAGCUACGAAUUUCUCGACAGAUGAUGGAAGAGAUUACUUGUGAACUGCAACGCCUUGUAGUUCUCCCAGCGUACUGGAAGGUACUCGAUCGUUUCCGGCAAACCAGACUCGAACCUCUCGGUAGGAUCCGAAAUGAACUUGCUAAUUGUUUUCACCCGUGUCGAAAGUUCGAUAAUCGGACGGAGGAGAAAGUCCGCGGCCUCUUGAACGAAAGUAAGCAAUUUAUUGGCAGCCUUGGGAUAAGUGAAGAAGAAAGGCUGCAGAUCAUUGGAGCCGUUGGUCUCAGGCAAGGUCACUGGUACAAAUGCCCUAACGGCCAUAUUUACUGCAUCGGGGAGUGUGGAGGAGCUAUGGUAGAAUCAAAAUGCCCAGAGUGUGGAGAAACAAUUGGUGGCAGAAAUCAUGCUCUACACAGUGGCAAUGCGCAUGCGGGAGAGAUGGACGGAUCGCAGUUUGCUGCCUGGUCUGACCAAGCCAAUAUGGCAAACUAUGUAUUUGAAUAAUAAUUGAUGUAGGAGUGAAUCCAGUCUCCUGAAAAGGAAUAUGGUUCAAAGAUUAACGCAUAGUCAGAAA